GGUGCAGGUCCAAUUGCGGCCACAUAGAGCUCUCUGCCAGGUUGGCAACUGACAUCUCCAUCUCACUGGCCUCUCCAGCUUUCUUAAGCAGGAACUAUGUCUGCCGUGUGGCUACAGAUUGGACAGUGUGGCAACCAGAUUGGACAGGAAUGGUGGCAAAUCGUUACCGGCACAAGUAACCGAGAAGCUGACAUUUACCCGUUUUGCUCUCCGGAUGGCCAUCUGAGCGCCAUCUGCGUGGACAGUGAGCCCAAAGUGGUGAGGAAGUUGCAGAAACAAAUCAAAAGAGGGGUAUUCAGAGAGUCCAAUCUCAUCAUGGGGAAGCAGGGACGAGGCAACAACUGGGCUUAUGGUUAUCACGGCGUCCGUUCGGAGAGCGAGCAGAGCUUGUGCAGCCGGACAAUGGAGAGUCUGCGGAAAGAGGCAGAGAAGAGGGAUUUCUACGGUGGGAUUGUGCUGUUCCACAGCCUCAGCGGGGGCACAGGGGCUGGGCUGAGUUCCAGGUUGUGCGAAGCCAUCCGAGAAGAGUACCCCCUUGGCCACAUCCUGUCUGUCUCGGUGGCACCGCACCAAGCUGGCGAGAGCCCUCUGCAGCACUACAAUGCCCUGCUGUGCCUUUCUUGGCUCCAGAGGUAUGCAGACGGGGUCCUCCUGUUUCACAACGACGAGGUGUUGAAGCGGGCAGCCGCUCCCCUGCUGAGGAAGGACGCUCCUGAAGCCUCGUGCCAAGUCUCCUUCCCUUCGAUGAAUGCCUACAUCGCUUCCUGCCUCGCUGGGCUUCUCUGCCCGCUCAAGAUUUUCACAUCACAAAGCGGAGUUAGCGUGGGGAUGGAGCCCUGGGAGCUGCUGAGAACCGUCUGCCCCAUGCCCGCCUUCAAGUUCCUCCACACAGCUCAAGCCAGCACAAGGGGGACGGUGUUUUGGGACAGCCUGGCGUCUUCCGUGCUGCAUCCGCUGCCUCGUCAGUCUCUUGCUGGAAAUCCUCACCAGAGCACAGCCGUGCUGGCCGUUGCCCGUGGCCCCCGGGAAGACGCCUUUCUCGCAAACCCCAGUUUGGUCCUGAGGAAGCUGAGGCAAGGCUACCGCUGCGUUUCGUGGAACCCCUUCGCUGCCACUUACUGGACCGAUGCUGCCAGCCUCGUGGCUCCCGGCCGGCACAGCUUGACCGUCUGUGCCAACCACAGCAGCUCAGCUGACCUCCUGCAGCGGGUGGAGCAGCGGGCAAGGGCCAUGUACGAGAGCAACGCUUUCCUGCACUGGUACUGGAGGCACGGCUGCGAGGAAGGGGAUUUUGAGCAGGCCUUCGAGACGGUGCGCUCCGUCCUGGGAGAUUACAGCCACCUCGGGGAGUGAGCGCGAUGCAUUCAGGACCUCUAACAAGAGUACCUCGUAACACUUGGGAGGAGCAGAGCCCCAGGAAAUAUGGGGCGACUCUCGUUAUGAAUGUGCCGUCCCCCGCAAUCCACACCUGAACACACCCCAGGGUCAGCAUGGCUGUGUGACUGUGUAAAACAGGGUUUCCCAAACGUUGCUGAUUUUAGGACUACAA